AUGAUUCCAGCUGAUCAUGAAAAACAACUUAAUCUACACGGGUAUCAAAUACAGUUGCCUGGGGCGAUCUCAAUAGAUUAUUCCCGAACAGGAGUGAAAUCAAAACAACCAUUGACAGGUUAUAAAUGGAAUGUAACAGUGGAAAAUCUUCCAGUCUGUAUCAGACGAAGAUUGGAGAAGAUGGAGUCAAAAGCGAAAAUCAAAUCCCACGUUCUGAUGUUUGGACUUUCAGUCAAUUUACUUUUGACGCUAUGUUCACUCGGUUUUACGUGCUAUUCUUUGAAUCGAUUAGAUUCACGUCUAACAGCAGUUGAACAGAAUCAAUUGCUUCAAAAUCCUCCUCAUCAGCCUGCCAACCAAGUAAUAACCAAGCCAACACAUGCUCAACUGCGUCGCAGUGGAUCAUCAACGAGGGACACUAUACGCUUCAAAAGGGCUUCCGAUAGUCAGUCUAUAUGCCAAAAGUGUAGCAACAUCUGUUCUUACCCCCACGAUGUACGGAAGGUAAGAUUUAAACUUUUAAUUGCAUGCAUUCUCCCUCGCAGAUUUCCCUCGUAUGCUUUCCUGAAAGUUUUGCACAGAAAAAGCAUUGGAAGAAUUAUUGAUGAGGAUAUGUACAUGCGUUACCAAAAUUGUUAGUGUCUAUCUCGUUAGUCACCGAUCUUACCCGUUAUUCGUAACUGUCAUAUUUUACUUGUAGAAGUUUGCCUUUGAAAUAUGGGAUAGGAAGGAUUUAAGCUAAACCGAAAAUUUGCAACUUCGUGUGUAUAGAAGGGCCAACCUGAUAAACUCUCGCUAUAGCUGGGUUACAUACGAAGCAUCAUUUGAAAUCUCAUCAUUUAACCUUAUUUUAUUAUCGGUCAAAAAUAAAACCAACCAACAAACAAAAAACUGAUGUGGAAAUUCAUAAUUGAAUCGAGCGGAAUUAAAUUUUAUUCCUACAAGUGUCGGAUAACACACAAAACACAAAAUUUUGUACGUGAAGCAUCUUGAUUUUUUUUUGCACAUCUAAUUUGAAUUACCUCGAAUCUCCUUCAGUUAGAGAAAUAGAUGGAUUUGGGUACCUUAGUUAGAAAAACUUUGAUUUAACAUCUGCACACAGCUUUUUUUUGUAAGGGGUUUUCCAACUAUGCCAUCAGAGUAAAAAAGGAUUACAUCCCAUAAAAUGUAAGCUCGGAGCUCUGAUGCUUAACUAGACACACCCCGUCGGUUGACGUCCGAAUCAAUCCUUGUUCGAUCUUGAUACUACUCGUUUUACUCGUUUUACUCACUUUUAAUAUUAAUAUUAUAUAGAUGAAACAAAACCCAACGUUAAUUCGUCAGUGUACGGCGUAACUGUGGAGUGUAGUGUAGAUAUCAUAAAAAUGAAACUUUGAUACUGCAAUGUAACCAUCUAGUCAAAAAAUUCCAACGUCACCGCACGCUUGCUCUCAACAUCCGCAGUGCUUCUUACUGUGAGACCUUUCGGGCAUUUUGAUUGAGAUUAUGAACUGGUGUUUGUCUUCCUGCCUCGAUAAUUAGGAGUUAGCACAUACUGAGUAUCUUGCUGUGCUACUCUUGUUUCUAAUAGCUAUUCCAAACAAUGCGGUUAUUUGAACUACUUAUUUUUUUUUUUAUGUCGUUUUGGGACAUACAGCUUUUUAGUUAUAAUUAGAAGGUUAAGACAGACUAAUGGAAUCACGUGGGUGGAAUCGCAGCACCAACCUGGCAGUCCGUGCCAGUUGGACAUAUGAUGUAUCUUUUUGUUGGCCCCACCUGAAAGACUUAACUGCGUGAGAAGUCCACCAGUAAAAAUGAUGAACUUAUUAGGAACGGCGUGAGUUUAACUAAGAAGAAUUAAUGACUUAGUUCACUUGUCACAAGCUGUUCCAAAAGCAACAUUCCUUCAUUUCACGUUUGUUUUUUACAUUAUUCUUCAAACUGAUACCGGACAAGCCUGGGUAAGAGUUUUUUUCAUAUCUAAAAGGGGUCUCACAGUGCGAGUAAACAGUUUUAAGGUUGCAUUCCGCAAAAUUACCCAGAAGUGGAUAUUUUGUUUGGUAUCACUAAUCCGAAAUUAGAAACCAGUGACCACCCGUGAGUAAUUUACUCGUUCAUUUCAGGCAGAGAUUGGUGAGGGAUUCCUCUACAUUUAUGUACCUCUGUUAGAUGGGUCAUAAUCAAGACCUGUUUUGUAUCAGCACUCAGUAUUUUGUGUUUUAAAAUAUAUUGUGAAAGAGGUUUUCAUUCCUAAUUGUUAAACCUAAAUUAUUUCUGUUUCUUAGGCAUGAAACAGUUUAAAAGCGGGUCCGUGGAGGGUCACUGAGAGAAUUUAUAAUUCCAAGACAAAUUUAUUCAUGUUAAAUUUAAACAAUCCAUUGAAUCGCCAGUCAAUCGGCUUGCCACGGAAUUUCGAUAUUUCAGAAGCUGUCAGUGGUUGUGUUCCCAAAUGUGCUGGUAAUUGAUGCCUAAGGCACUUUUAAGUCAUUGAAAAGGAAUGCUGACAACUCACUUUUCGUGCUAAGCUUCAAUACUGCUUCAAUUAAACCAAUAACAACAGAGAAGCCACAAUUAAUAUCUCAUGACAGAGCUUAAAUUUUAGGAAUGUGGUAAAAAACAAGCAAUCUGGAUUUACCAAUCGUAAUAGUCGAGUAUAGGUGGAUAAUUCACACCUGUAUCUAAAGGUUUAUCAAUUGAUCUGUUUUUCAUCAACAGAAUUCGACAGAACAACACACCCUGCAAAAAGUAAUUUGUGUAAAUGGUAAGUUCAUCUCAACGUCUUCUGCUAGUCAAUGUACCCAAAUUCUGUCCUGUUCUUUCCUAUUUUCUCAUCAUUUGGUACAACGAAUUAAUAAUUUAAGGGGUUGGAUCAAUGUGUCUCAUCUUGAAUUUUUUCCAGAAAUUCUCUUGGUCAGAUAAAAACAUGACAUCUAACAACUUUCGGUGGAUUUGUUCUGUCUUCCCCCAACUCCGCCCAACGCCUUCCUCCCCCCUAAAAAGAAAAAAUAUUCACGUUCCCAAAACAUUCUCAAUCUCACUGUCUUAUUUCAGCCCGCCUGGGACUCGUUUCGCAGUUUGCGGUAACCUCACGGGCUCAAAGCCUCUUACCUUUUAAAUAUAAUUUUUUUAAUUGAAUCAGGUCUGUUCGCUUCUGACAUUUUGAUUGUUUAUGUUUAAAACCAUUAAAUUUCUCGAUUUUAAAUAAAAACAGGGCAAAAAAUACCAGAUUUUUUACUUUUAAGGUUACCGCUCUGUCGAGAAUGUCUUUGAAUGAACGAAUGAAUGAAUAUCUUUUUUAACAUCUCAUCAGGUCGUGAAGUACCACAAGGUCCACCUGGUCCUCCUGGGGUACCCGGUGCCCAAGCUGCUCGUGGCUCACCAGGAACGUCUGGCCCUAAGGGCCCGGAGGGACCACGGGGACCUCCUGGAAAAAAUGGGAAGAGGGGAAAGAAGGGAACUAAAGGCGUCGCUGGUCGGCAAGGGAAGCGGGGCACUAGAGGACCACCAGGACCACCAGGACCACCGGGAUUAUCAAAACCACCGGUAACCCCUGGGAAAUCGUCGCAACACGUCGCAAAUGUUAGCAGUGGAGGUUCCCUAGGUAAUGACUAGAAUCUCUAUGACAAUGGAUACUUUCUCAACUUGCAAAAUAUAAGUAACAAUUGGCAAUUUCUAGACUGGAACGUGAUAUUUCAAUGUUUUCAUUGCUUCGUGUUUGGUUUGUUUGAUAUUUGGCAUAUGUUCUCUUCCUCGUCAUUUAUCAUGAUUGUGAUGUUUGUAUUCCAAGAUGCUGUCGAUUUGGCGUUAACUGUAAACUCGAUCGUGGUAAAUUACAAGCCGAGCUUAUGACAUUUAUCGACUCUGUAAGAACUGCCACGAUUGGCUGUUUAUAUUAUAUAUCAAUUAAUGCUCUCAGUCUCUCAUAUUUUUUAUAAUCGGAGACAUUACAAGGCCUGUUCAGUCUCAAAAUAACAAAAUGAAUGCCAAAAUAACAGCAAAUUUAUUUUUUGAAUUAUAAAAUUAUUGCCAUAAUCAUAGUAAAUUCAGUCUCUAAAUUACAAAAUUAAGGCUCUAAUAGUAGUAAAAUCAGUCUCUAAAUUGCAAAAUUAAUGCUAUAAUUAAUAAUAGCACAUUCAGUCUUCAAAAUGCAAAAUAAUUGCCACAAUGGUGAUACAGAAUGAACGCAAUAAUAGUGGGAAAUUUAGUCCUAAAAUUGCAAAAUGAUUACCAUAAUGAUAGCAAAUUCAGUCUCUAAAAUGCAAAAAAAAUGCCAUAAUGAUAGCAAAUUCAGUCUCCAAAUUGCAAAAUGAAUGCUGUAACGAUAAUAAGUUCUGUUUUAAUUACAGAAUUACCAUACUUCGUCACAAAGCCUCCAUCUUCCUGGACAAUCAAGGAGAAGCAAAAUGUGAGAUUACUUUGUGAAGCGGGUGGCUUUCCCCCGCCAGUAAUUACAUAGUAUAAGAAUGGAUACCCGAUAAAAGACGCGAGAAGGCAGUUUAAGGAACGCAAUUUGGAAAUAAAGGAAAUUGUCUUCGAGGAUCGUGGAACUUACACCUGUACAGUAGAGAAUUUGUUGGGUAGAACUGAAUUAUCAGUGAAUGUCACUGUUGAAGGUAUCAAUAUUUUAAAAUUUCUUGUUUGCCCAUUAAAUAGUCGAAUACUUCCAUCAUUUUUGUCAUGAUGUGUUGUAGAUCUCAGUUUAUGAUUUCUUCCUCCUAUUCUCUUUUGUUUUGCAGUUCCAACAAGAUUUAAAGCGAAACCGGGGAAAUCUGUCACCGCUUAUAAAACAUGGGACGCUAUUAUCAAAUGUGACAUAUUUGGCUAUCCCACUCCUGUAAUCACAUGGACAAGAUCCCUCAAUCAACUUCCCCUCAACAGGCAUGUUAUAGAUUACAACUGGCUUAUAAUUAGGAACACGACAAAAGACGAUGACGGUGCUUAUAUGUGUCAAGGAACCAAUAAAUUGGGGAGUGUCAUGGCUGUUACAUGGGUCAUUGUUAAAGAUGUAGGAAAGUUGGCAGACGUUACUGAUCAGCACGACAGAAAUGACAUCUCGCGUAAAAGAAAAGAAGGACGAGGACAAAACGACGAAAAAACUAAAACUACUUCUGCCCCCGUUAUGACAAAAACGUCCUCGAUGUCGCUUAUCAAAGGUGAUAAUUUGUUUCUUAGCACUCUAACGGUUGGUAUGUUUCCUUUUAGUGAAUCCCAACAUGGUUUUCAGUCCUCCCAAUGA